AUGCGCUCCAACUCAAGCCAGCAGGGUCCUCUGAUGGAAGGAUCUCUGUUCAAUGAGGUUCAAGACUAUCUCCUGGCCACCACUGCGGUGUCUAACAUGUCCAACCUCUCGGACAUCUUCCCCAGGCACAUCAUGUCAGAAGAUGACUUAGAUGUUAAUACAGACAUAUAUUCCAAGAUCCUGGUCACCAUCAUCUACCUGUUCCUCUUUGUGGUGGGAUGUACUGGGAACUCCAUCACUGCCUACACCUUGGUGAGGAAGAAGUCCUUGCAGAACCUUCAGAGUACUGUCCAUUACCACCUAGCCAGUCUGGCUCUCUCAGACCUCCUCAUCCUCAUUCUCAGCAUGCCCAUUGAGCUCUACAACUUCAUCUGGGUCCAUCACCCUUGGGCUUUUGGCAAUGCUGUGUGCAAAGGUUACUACUUCCUAAGGGAUGCGUGCACUUAUGCCACUGCCCUGAACAUCGCCAGCCUGAGCGUGGAGAGGUACAUGGCCAUGUGCCACCCCUUUAAGGCAAAGAGUAUCAUGUCCAGAAGCAGGACCAAGAAACUCAUCAGUGUAAUCUGGUUGGCCUCCCUGCUGCUGGCCACCCCUAUGAUAUUUACCAUGGGGGAGAAAUACGGCUUGGACAAGAAGGACCCCCAAAAUCUCAUAUGUACCUGUAUAGUGGAAAUGUCCAACUUCAAGACUGUCAUUCAGGUUAAUGCCUUCUUGUCCUUUGUGUUCCCGAUGGUGGUGAUCUCCGUGCUGAAUACGAUCAUCGCCAACCAACUGAUCGUUAUGGUAAAGCAGGCUCACCAAGAGAACCAAGUGUGCACCAUCGGUGGACAACAGACGGUCCUCAACAUCUCCAUGGAACCGAGCCGGAUACAGUCCUUAAAGCACGGCGUCCGAGUACUCCGAGUGGUGGUCAUAGCGUUUGUUGUUUGUUGGCUUCCGUACCACGUCCGACGUUUGAUGUUCUGCUACGUUCCAGAGAAUCUUUGGACAGACGAACUGAACGAUUUCUACCACUACUUCUACAUGCUGACCAAUGUCCUGUUUUACGUCAGCUCCACUGUCAACCCGAUUCUUUACAAUCUCGUUUCCGCAAACUUCCGACAGAUCUUCGUAUCCACGCUGAGUUUUUUAUGCCCGCCCUUGAGGCGAAAGAAGGACCGUUCGGCUUUCACCAGGAAAUCAAAUAGCAUAUCCAGCAGCAACCAUACAUUCUCCACCCAGGUCACCAGAGAGACUCCAUACUGAGCGCUUGGUCAACAAAGACCUUCAAGCAACUCAUCCCCAUCAUUGUCCUUUUCUUUCACUGGCGACAUUUAGAUGGUCAUGCCCUUUACAAUGUCUCACCCAUCAGCAUUUUCCUGGGGAAACCAUAAAUCCAAAGUUUCUUGUCUUGCGGUACUCGAGCACAGUCAUUUGUUGAGAGCGUUCCGAUUCGAUGUUUCAUGACACUUUCAAUACGAAGCUGAUGAAAUGUCUCUGCGUUAUAAUCAUUGUCUCAUCGAUGAAACCAAGUUUUGAGCAGAAACGCACGAUCCGAACAGCAACUUACAAAGAUGAAGGAUUUGAAGAAGAAAAAACAUUUAAAAUAUAUUACACUGAAAUUGUUUACGAUUAAAAA